AUGGAUCACAAACUAAUGUGUAAAUAUCUUAAUAUAGCUGAUAGUUAUUUUAAUGGUAAAGAUGUCAAAACGAAGAUAAUUAACAAAGACCCAACCAUCAACGGAUUUUGUAAUAAUGGUGUUUGUAAAACAAAUGAAGAUGGCAUUAAUGCUUUGAUCGCAUAUAUAAUUAUGAAUUUCAAAUGGUCAAUAAAAGAUGAAGAGUAUAAUAAAUAUGAUGAAUAUUUAUUGAUGUGGCUAAGUGAUAAAUUAUUUAAGAUACACAACGAAAGCAAAGACAAAGACAACGAAAUUACUUUAAAUAAGGCUUAUGAUACAUAUUUAAAGAAUCAUAAAGUGAAAUUUAAUUAUUGGACUCUUUUUUAUAAUAUAGAGAGUUUGAAAGAAGCUAAUCUUUGGUAUAUGAGCGAAUUUUAUAAAUUACUUGAUAAAAUAUGUAAAACAAUUACAGAUUAUGAAAAAAACCGUGACGAAAUUACGAACCUUAUUACGAAUUCUACCGAAUGUUCUAAUCAAUAUAUAUCCAUUUAUAAUGAUAUUCAUAAAUGCAGAUCAUAUCGUGAUUUGUUGAAUAAAUUAAAAGGUAUAUAUGAUGAUUUUAGAAAUUAUGCUAUUAAGGAAACUGAUUCAAAGAUUAAUUUAGAAACUAAUCUUAAAAAAUUUACAAAACCAGGUGGAGGAGAGAUGGACGCGGUGAGAGGUUUUAAAUCAUAUAAAUUCAAUCAUUCAAACUGUAAAUCCCUGCAUAAAAAAAUUACAACGUCAAAACCAACGGACCCACCAGGAUUACCAUCUUCUUCGGAAGAAAUACAACCGCCACAACCUUUAAAGCAACUAAAAGAUAACCAACGUGAAACAUCACAGCCAUAUCUAUCAAAACAAGAAUUAAAAAAUGACCAAACAAUCUCAGAUAUACCACCAGAAGGUGUAUCAGGUAGUGAACAAGAUAAUUCAGAUAGUGCUCCAGUAGGAAAAGAAAAUCAAAGUACGCCAAGGGAACCUUUUAAUACUGGAUCAUUCAUUUUUAGGAACUCAUUAAAAGGCAUAGACCAAUUAAAUAAUGGUUUAAAAUUUUAUGAGAAAAAAAAAGAGCAACUUACAAACGCCAAGGAUACUAUUAAGAAUUUGUAUAAUACAUCUGUAUCUAAUGUAAAAAAAUUUUUCGAAAAAUUUAGUGAUUUUUUUAAUGACAUUAUUGAUAAUGUAAGUAAAGAUUAUAAAAAAGUAGAAAACCCUCCUGAUUCAGGUGAUAAUCAAUCUGGAUCAGACGGGACAGGGGAUACCCCACCCACACCUAAUGGUCCAUCAUCUCCCAAAAAAGAUUCAGAACAAACUCAAAACCCUCCACAAAAUUCACCAAGUUUUACAGAACAAAAUGAAACAGAUAAAUCGUCUGAGGAGUCAUCUGGAAACCAAGAUUCUGAUCAAAACGAUAAAGGACCUCAAAAAACGGUGGAAGGUUCAGUGAUUAAGAAAGAAGAUCCUGUAAACGAAGUAAAAGGAAAUGGAACAAUAGGAAUAGAUGAUAUAUUUAUAUUCAAAGAAUUCAAAAAAAUUGGAAUUCCAAUUAUAGUUAUUAUAAUAUCCAUUACUUUAGCUAUUAUGUACAAGUUUUUGGUAUUUGAACGGAGAAAGAAAUUAAAAAGAAAAAAAAUGAAAAAAUCUACAAAUUUGUUUGGUGUAAAUAAAACGACAUGA